AUGGAAAAGCUACUCAAAACUUCAAUUAAAGCAAUUGAAAAGUUUAACUUCCAAAAGUAUGGGUGGGUGAUUACUACAGCUUCUGUUAUUGCCCUUAUAAUAUUUUAGAGGGGCAAAGAUGAUCAUGAUGAUUUGAAAAGUAAAAAAAAUUCUCAGAAUAAUUAAUAAGGAUAAAAUAAAUAAGAGAAUCAACAAUAGAAGUAGCAAAACAAAAACUAACAUAAUGAGGAAAGCUAGGAAGAAAUUGAAAAAAAUCUAUAAUAACAAAGAUAUUUAUCUUCAUCAUAAACGAAUUAAAACAAAAAUAAUGGUGUAAAUAAUAUGAAAGAUUAAAAAAUGUAAUAGAUUCAAUAGAAUUUGAAAAAGCAGAUGCAAGAACUUGAUAAAAAAACUAAAAAAAGCAACCCAAAUAGCUUGACUAGUUCACUUUUAAAAAGUUCAAAAAGCAGAUAUAAUAGCAGAUAAUUUGACUAAGAAUAAGGUUAUCCUCAAUCUUAUGCAUAGUCUGAUAUUGAAUAAAGAUAAAAUCUUCAAAUCAGAAACUAAAUAACUCUUAAAAAAUAAAGAAAAUAUAUAACAGACAUAGAUGAACCCACUAAUUCAUAUAAAAGAAAUUAAAUACUUAAAAUUGCAAAAGAUUAAAACCCUAAUGAUGGCUUGUUCUUCUAAGUGUUAGCUUCAUUAGCUGAAAACGAAGACGAGUAAUCUGCUUGA